UUAUGUAUAUUAUUAUGAAGACAAAUAUUUUCACCACCACAAUAUUUAUAAUAUGUUGAAAAUAUAACUAAAUGGCUUCUUAUAUAUAAUUACGUGAAUAUAAAAUGGCAAUUUGAUGGCAGUUUAAUGGUUGCAUUUAAAUAGAAUACAAGAGUUAGAAAACUGCCUAACAUUAACAAAUGAAAAUAUGUAUCAAAAUAACUUUACUACGCCAGUGAUGAGGCGGCCGCAGAGGAAAUUCACAGUGCCCUUAAGGCAGUUGGAAUCAAUAUACAUAAAAACUAUGGAAGUCAAAUGCGAGAUCAAUAAAGCAUUUCAAACACCUAUUAUAUUUAUUAUGAUGCAAAUGUUCCAUGCUUUGAUAACCAAUAGUCAUAUGACAUACCACGGUACAAUUUUUCGAGCAAAAUAUACAAUUCAUGAACUCUGCAUUAUUUCAUUAUGGACGAUUAUGCAAUUAGUCAAAGUAUAUGCAUUUGCUUCAAGUGGAGAUUUAUUAAAACUUGAGGUAAAUAAAAUUGUCCAACUUCUUCAUAACAUUCCAAUCGAUAGACAUACUGUACGAGUAAUGUCAGAGGUGCAGCAUUUUUCAUCACUAAUCUCGUAUUAUAAUCCUGAAGUUUUAAUCUAUGGGUUUUUUUCACUCGAUGCUACGUUAUCAUUUAACGUAAUAGCUUCUGUGACAACAUAUUUAAUUAUUUUAGUACAAUUCGAUAAUAGUUGAAGUAACUCAAUCACUCUAUCAUUGAUGAUCA